CUUGAUUUAAUUAAUUGAUGUAAUUAAAAUGCUAUACUUAUUACAGAAAAGUAUGGACUUGGGAUCUUUUUACGACUCACAAAACAUAGAAGUACUCCAUAGUUGACGUCCUUUUUCUCCAAAUCUAAUCAGUAUCUAUGCACAUGUCAUUAAUGUCUAUCAAAAUAAAGUGACAAGUUUGAACACAUUUUGAUGAACAAGAAGAUGGUAUUACGUUGGUAACUGACCAGUGGCUACUGAUGAUGAUGCAGGCGACUCCCAUACCACCUCAUUCUCCCUUCCCUGAGGUUGAGAAGCUUACACCAAAGGCAGCCGUGAGCCAUGAGGAACCUGUGCUGUCUAUACAGACUCCUCAACUCCCACUUCUCCACGACUUGCUGCCAAUCGAUAGGCUGCAUGUCACGAAGAGGCUCCGCGUCAAGAACGUGCUGUGCCUACGAGGGAAGAAGAACAGGUUCUUCGUGAGGACCUCCGACCAGACACUGAUGUAUACUAUUGAAGAGGAGAAUAGAAGUUGGUGGGUAGGAUAUUUCUGCUAUGGUCUACGUCCACUCGAGCUGAGGGUGAUGAACGAGCAAGGUAAAGAGGUGAUGAGGAUACACCGGCCCUUCUCCUGCACUGCCAGGAUCUUCCCCUGUCAGCUGCAGCACCUGGAAAUAUACUCGCCUCCUGAACAGCUUAUUGGCAAAGUGGAGCAGCAGUGGACAGCCCUCAGACCCAUAUACGUCAUCAAGAAUGGCGAUGGUGAUACUCUAUUUCUCAUUAAUGGUCCAUACAUGACACUGAGCUGUUUUCGCGACGUGCACUUCCAGAUAGUGCGGCCUGAUGGCACGGCAGUGGGCAGCACCUGCAGGCACUGGCAGGGGCUCACACAUGCUCUAAUCUUCGCACCAAUUUCUGACAAAUUCGGGCUGAACUUUGAACAAAAUAUCUCAGUAGAAGAAAAGGGUCUGCUCCUAGCUGCCGCCCUGCUGAUGGACUACAUGUACUACGACGCGUGAUGUAGUAUACUAUAAUGUGCUGCCGCAAUCCACUCGUUCACUUUACCUUCCUUUUGUAGUACAUCGCGGUUUGUGGAGCACGCGCUGUGGGGUAGGUGUUUGUACCUGUAUAGAAUAAUGCUAUAGAUAGAGGGCUACACAAAAGGAAUG